UUGCCAGGGCCAUGGGCGUUGUGAGCUUUCUUUUUACUAUCGUGCAUAAUAAAAACAAAAAAUUAUCUAAUUUAAGUAAGAAGAAUUUUCCUAGACAGUUUGCUAGUGCUGAUUUUCUUAUCCUGAGAUAAAAAAUGAUAGACAGCCUCCGGCCCCCAUUGGAGUAAAGACUCAGCCCGCCCAUGGUUGUGAUUGGGCUGCGACAGCUGGAAAUUGUAGGCGUUCGCUGAACGACUUUAGUGUUUCCGCAUUAUUCGCACCACGGACAUUGAAAUGAGCGCUUCCACGGAGCAGGAGACGGCUCCCAUUGCCAAUUCGCGGAAUGGGCGCACGGGCAGCGUCUUCCGCAGCUUUGGCUCCCUAUUCGGCGGCAGCCAAAACAGCGGCGAUCGGCCCAAUACGCCGCAGUCCGGUGAUGGCUACGUGGAGUUCGGUAUGCAGGACCCGGAACGUAAUGGCCGUACUCUGGGCACCUUUGCCGGCGUCUUCAGUCCGGUGGCCCUGUCCAUGUUUAGUGCUUUGGUCUUCAUCCGUGUUGGCUACAUCGUGGGCAAUGCGGGCCUGUACGUCACCCUGCUGCAGUUUCUAAUCGCCUACGGCAUCCUGCUGUUCACUGUGGCCUCCGUGUGCGCCAUCUCCACCAAUGGAGCUAUCGAGGGAGGCGGUGUUUACUUCAUGAUCAGUCGCACGCUGGGCUUGGAGUUUGGCGGUUCCAUCGGCACCCUGUUCUUCUUUGCCAAUGUCGUGGGAUCGGCCAUGGCCAUCUCCGGCUGCACCGAGGGCAUCAUGGAUAACUUUGGCCCCGGUGGCCACUUCGUGACCGGGGACUCCACAUUGCCGGACGGCAAGUGGUGGCGCUUCCUAACCAGCAGCAUGAUCAAUACCCUACAGCUGCUAGUUUGCCUGGUGGGUGCCGCCCUGUUCGCCAAGACGUCAGUACUUAUUUUGGCCACCGUCACGGUCUGUCUAUUCGCCACGUACAUCAGUUUCCUGGCUAUGGGCGCCACCAAUGAUACGAUACCCGUUCCCGUGGAAAAUAACAUCUCGAAAACGAUACACUUCCUAAACUACACCGGCCUGAGUGCCAACACGCUACGGGAGAAUUUGGGCUCCCACUAUGGGCUCGACUACACGUCGAAUGGGAAGCAGGUGGACUUCUCCACCACCUUUGGUGUGCUCUUCUCGGGCGUUACGGGCAUCAUGGCGGGAGCCAAUAUGUCCGGUGAGCUAAAGAAUCCAUCGAAGAGCAUUCCCUGGGGCACCUUGUCGGCUGUGGCCUUCACCUUCGUGUCCUACAUCAUCCUCUCCUUCCUGAUGAGCUGCACAACGCCGUACUACACGAUGCAGAAUAACUACCUGUUUCUGUUGCCGGUCAAUCUGUGGCCACCGUUCACGGCCAUUGGCAUUCUCACGGCCACUUUCUCCACGGGCCUGAGCAAUCUGAUUGGCUCGAGUCGCAUUUUGGAGGCUCUGUCCAAGGACCAGGUCUUUGGAAGCCUCCUGAACUUUGUGCUGCAUGGAACGUGGAAAGGCAAUCCCAUUGCCGCCGUCGUGGUGAGCUGGAGCCUGGUGGAGUGCAUCCUGCUGAUUGGCUCUUUCAACAUCAUUGCCCAAAUCAACUCGGUGCUGUUCAUGCUUUCCUACCUGGCCACCAACCUGGCCUGCUUGGGCAUUGAGCUCACGGGAGCUCCGAACUUCAGGCCGCUCUUCAAGUACUUUACGUGGCACACGUGCUUGGUGGGCUUGCUGGGCACCCUGAUCAUGAUGUUCGUGAUUAACCCGAUAUAUGCCUCGUCCUGCAUCAUACUGUGCUUGAUCCUGGUGAUUGCCCUGCACCUCUUCUCGCCGGCCGCCACGCAGGCGGCGCAAUGGGGCUCGAUAUCGCAGGCUUUGAUGUUCCACCAGGUGCGCAAGUAUCUCCUGAUGCUGGAUCCCCGCAAGGAUCACGUCAAGUUCUGGCGGCCGCAAAUCCUGCUGCUGGUCUCCUCGCCCCGAUCCUGCUGCCCAUUGGUGGACUUUGUCAACGAUUUGAAGAAAAGCGGGCUCUACAUCAUCGGGCAUGUCAAGUUGGGGGACUUUAAGAGCGCGGAGGAUGCCGAGGAGAACCAGCAGUGGUGGUCAUUUCUGGAUCACAUGCGGGUCAAGGCCUUCACGGAGGUGACCCUAAGCCGGAGCAUUCGCGAGGGAGUUCAGCACCUGAUUCGUUUGUCGGGCAUCGGCGCCAUGAAGCCAAACACCAUUAUUUUGGGCUUCUACGACAACGAGGCGCCGCGGGACUUUUUCCAGAAUGGCUCCUCGCCGUAUAAGACCGAUGACUUCAACACGGGCGACAUUCAGAGCUUUCCCAUUCGACGCGACGGCGACCCGAAGCAUUUCCAGGUCCAGGAGUAUGUGCAGAUCCUGUGCGACACUCUUCGCAUGAAGAAGAACCUGUGCUUAUGCAGGAAUUUCCAGCGACUGGACAAGAACUUUGUUGCUAUCAGCAAGCAUGUCAAGUACAUCGAUGUAUGGCCCAUAAAUAUAUUUAACCCCACCUCUGGUGAUCCCUUCGACAUGGUCUCCCUGUUCAUGAUGCAACUGGCAGUGAUAAUGCUGGCCAAAUGGAAGCAUCUGCGCGUUAGGAUUUUCCUCUGCGAGGCAAGCGACGAGCGAACGGUGGGCACCUUCGAUACCCAAAGCCCGCAAAUGGAGAUCUUCUCGAAGAUGAAACUAGAGCAGUCUCUUAAGGAGCUCCGCAUCACGGCCGACAUUGUUGAGAUCCAGGAAUGGAGCCGGGACAGUGACUUUAGCCGACAUGCUCACACUCUUAGGCAGUUCACCGCCCAGGCGGACAAUGCUUUGCUGGAGGACGACGAUGACGAGCUGGGCGAGGAGAGGUUGAAUCGCUCGCUAAUCUACAUGCAACGAGCGAAUCAAAUCAUACGCGAACGCUCCGAUCAGACCGCAUUGUCGUUCGUUUAUCUCGCGGCACCGCCGAAGCUAUCAACGCCGGAUUUUGCACAGCGCAGCGCCAGCUACAUGGAACUGCUGACCGAACUGACCGCCGAGCUGCCGCCCACAAUUCUGGUUCAUGGCGUCAGCACGGUGACAUCAACGACGCUGUAAGGGGUGUUUUUUCUACGAGUGAUAAGCCAGGAUGGCGAACCAGAGUGCAGCUGGAACAAACUGGAAGUGGCUGGUGCGUUUCUGUGAGUGCUUCAAGCUAUAAAUUUAUACCAUACAAAUCGAAAAAUAUGAUAUCAAUUAGGGUCGAGUCGCAGUGUGUCAUUUCAAUACUUUGUAUUUCCACAAAAAUUCAGAAUAAUACGGUUUUAAAAUAUUUCAUUGGUUUAACAAUUUUUCUAAUUUUUUUAUUCUCAAAUCUUCUAAAUACAUUUUCUCAUGCAAACAUUUUAAAAUAAAUAUUUUAAAAAUAUGUUUUCUUCCAAAAAAAUUCUAAGUAAUAUCAUAUUAUUGUUUCAAUGACUUAAACAUAUUUCUACAUUUUUUGUUGUUUUACUUUUAAAUGGUUCGGUGUUUUAAACCCAAUUUCUCAUACAAAAAUCUUCAAAAAUAAAUAUACAAAUUAAAUAUUUUUUAGUUUAAUUAUUAAAUAACUUGACACACCGACUAGACCCUUUUAACCACAUAUAUAAAUGUAUUAAUUUCAUAUUAUAGCUAAAUUAAUAUUUAUUUGCACAGAACAUUUAAUAUCAUAAUAACCGAGUCAAGAAAAAGCACUUCAUAUCAGUGAAACUAAAGUAUAAUAGCUCUAAUAAUGAAACCUAACCAUGACGGACCAUCUCGCAAACUUAUACACAAAAUAUCAUAUAUUACAAAUCGCCCCCGACCGAGAGCUCACACCGAUAUUAUCCCAUUUUGUGAUUAAAUUUAUAUAAACAUACCGAAAUUUAACAAGAGUAUUAGAUAACCGCCGUCGAAUGUGGUUGUAAAAUCAAAAUGAUUUCAUAAAGCACCUAGUUUGUAAGCCAUUCACAGUUGAUGGAUUGUUUUAGCAGAAAUUAUAUUUGUAUGCGUGGACUGUGAACGAAAUAAUAUGUAAUUUCUAAUGUAACUAUUGAGCACAGCGUUUGUUGUAAUCAGUUCUUUUCAAUUAUUUUAAAUAAAGACUAGCAAUAUGUAUGUAUUUAUUUAAA